UUACUUUCGUCGGGAUCAGAUCAGCUCAUUUUUCAGUCAAGCCUCGUUUGAUUUGUGACACAAAGUGAUAAAUUAAGUAAGAUCAUGGUCAGAAUAUUAGAAAAGUAUCAAUCUAAAAGCAUCACACCAGUCGAUGAUUAUGAAUGCAAGCUUAGCGAUGAAUUAAUUAAGGCAGCAAAUGAUUUGCUCGGCGAGACACCAGAAAUCCGCGAUGAAUGCUUAACAGAGUUUCGAGAAUGGAUCUGGAAUAAUCCAAGGAUUGAAAAAUGUCGAAUGGAUUCGAUGUUUCUUUUGCGGUUCCUUAGAAUCAAUAGAUUUUCAAUGCAGCAUGCAAAGGAGUGUUUCGAGAGAUAUUUGAUAUUCAGAGAAGGCUUAUAUGGAUGCGAUUGGUUUACAAAUUUGGAUUUGAAUCGUCCGGGUUUAUCACAAGUUCUCAAUGAUGGCUUAUAUGUCGUACUUCCGACUAAAGCCAAAACUGGCGAAACUAUAGUUUUGGUCAGAUGUGGAGCUUCAAAUCCGAGCGAUAAAGAUGCCGGAAAUAUUGCCUUUUGUGUUUCAACAUUGGUGAUGGAAACUGUUUUUGAGGACGAAGAAAAUCAAAUCAGAGGAUAUAGGCUGAUUUUGGACAUGUCAAAAGUUAAAUUGAGUCACUAUUUUAUGUUCAAUUUCAGCACUUGGUUUAGGAUUUUGAAGCAUGUUGAGAGAACUUUCACUGGUCGACAUAUUAGUUGUAGUAUUAUGGGAUUAAAUCCAGCAACGAGAUUCAUUUCAAAUAUGAUUAUUAAGCAUAUGAGAGAAAAGAUGAGGAAGGUUGUAUCGUGCCCUUCUUGUCCAAAGGAACUCGAUUUUCUUGACAUAAAAUAUCUACCGACUGAUUUAGGUGGUGAAUAUACAGUUGAGCAGUUGAUGGAGCCACUCAAAAAGAAAUUGAAGCUAUGGAGAGAUUUGUUCUUAAAAUACGGUGAAAUGAAAGUCAAUCGAAAAUACUACACCGAUGCAGUUCUAAAAUGUGAUGCAGGGACUCUUACCCAUAAAUUGGAAAACAAAAGUGCCAAGUUGCUCACAGUAUAUCCAGAUGAAAAUGAAAAUAACUAGAUAACUAGAUUAGAAACAAUGUUGACUUUAAGUUUAAAAAAUUUUGUUACUUUUAGAUUGUUUUACUUUGACGGAAUUUUGCAUGUAUUUAAAACAAAUUUUGAUUCUUAAUUUUUGUGUAUUCGAUGCUUUUUAAACGAGAAAUAAAUAAACAAUUCAAAAUAUAACAGU